AUGUUGGCCAAUCCUGCCGUGGCCGCGCCAUCGCAGGAACCGCUCAAGCAGCCGCCCGAGCCAACAUCAAUACCCGGGAGCAAAGUGUCCUCGCUCCGCGAUCUCACACCUUCGUCGUGGUGGGAGCAUCUCCGGAUAGAGAAGGACAGGGGUGCAAAUGCGAGAAAUAUGCUGAGGUUAUACAAGGAGGCAACAAGCAGUAUACCGACGGACAAAUAUCGGAACGAUCCAUUUCUCCUAGAACUAUGGCUGGAUAAUUUGCAGUUGCUACGAGCGUCCGGAGAAGACCAUGGUGCAAUAAGAGAUCAAUACAAGUUUUUGAAAUCCUCAAGAAUUGGCGCCGGAAAUGCAAAGUUAUACUUGGCUUGGGCCAAUUUUGAGCGAGUCGCUGGUUACAUAGACCGUGCGAAAAAUGUCCUUCUCACCGGCAUCAGCCAAAACGCCUAUCCGGUGGACGAUUUACGGUCACUCCUCAGUAAGAUCGUGAGUGAAAAUGUUACGUCCGAAAGAGGCCCAGCACAGUUCGUGGGUGGCAUGGUGGGUACCAGUGGAACAGGAACGGAUAGAAUCAACAAAGCUCCUGCCGCGAACAGCAAGAAAGUGCCCUUGGAACAUAUAAUGGAAGCGCCCGUCAGCAGCAAUUCGCUACCUGUUCCGGCAACCGCCAACAGCUCUUUCUCAGAGGACGCUAGUUUUGCAAGUCAACAAUCUCUGUCAGAAUCAGCUUCUUCUAGCACGUCACCGCCUGGACAAGGUAGCCGACAGCAGAACCGAAAAGGGCUAACCAGAAGCAGAAUCGGGAAACUAGGCCCGCCAGCUCGCGUAUCGGUACCGCAAGGAGUGGACGACAAUCCCAAUAGUGCAGCUCUGGAGGGCGCAUCUGACGUUGAAGACGACAUGUCGAUGGAUUCACAAGGGGAAGAUGUUAUCUCUAGUUCUCUGCAGACCUCUAAAGACACCUCGCCGCCUUCGCAACCCAUGGGCUCUCAUUUACCUAGUACGGCGCUGUCACUCCAAGAGCAACAAGGCAAGCCGAUCGAGGUUCAUAGGUCAAAUGCCGAUGUAACCAGUGCCCAUUCUCGUACGAUUGUACGGCCGCUGCAGAGUACUGCUACUGACCACGAACGAAUGCCAGCAGCACCUUCAAUAUCAACACAUUCAGCAUCACACGUCACAUUAACCCCAAUGCCACUGCAAGCUCCUCCCGUUAACGUUUCGCGUCACACACAAUUAGACGACGCCCUUGGUAGGCGAGGUUGGAGCGUAUCCACGCCAUCCCUCACUCAGCGCCCGCCUUUGCGCCGCACCGUUACAAUUUCCGAUCAACCGAGUGCAAAUUCGAGCUCUGCAUUCGCCUCAUCAGGAUGGCACGCGCCAUCUAAUCGAAUAGACGCAAUUCCCGCCUUGAAUGCUGUGCAUCUUUCAACACCCAUCCCACCCACGUAUGAUCAAAUACUUCAGAUCACACCUACUAUCGUCCCUACCAACAGCAGUGCAAUGAUGGAUUGGCGCGUACCCGCGCAGAGUCAGCAGGCAGCAAAAGAUAAGACAAGUAUCAUGGUCAAUGGGGUGCUGUACAAAAAGUUGGGGCUCAUUGGACGCGGGGGUAGUAGCAAGGUGUACAAAAUCAUGUCUGAAGAUGGCAAAUUGUUUGCCAUGAAGAAAGUUAAACUAAAGGGACAAGAAGAUAGUGCCAUUGAAGGCUAUCUAAACGAGAUAGCGCUAUUGAAACGAUUGGAUGGCAAUGAAAGGAUCAUCCGUUUGGUCAAUGCGGAGAUCAAUGAAGAGCAGGGGUACCUGUUAAUGGUCUUAGAGUACGGGGAGAUUGAUUUGGCCCAUGUGCUGCAAAAGGAACAAGGGGUACCAUUGAGUCUUAAUUUCAUUCGAAUGUAUUGGGAACAGAUGUUGCGGGCGGUACACGCAAUUCACGAGGAGAAUAUCAUACACAGUGACCUCAAACCAGCGAAUUUUCUCCUUGUCGGGGGCGCCUUGAAAUUGAUCGAUUUUGGCAUCGCAAAGUCAAUUCCCAAUGAUACCACCAAUAUUCAGCGAGAUCACCAAACAGGAACGAUCAACUAUAUGGCACCCGAGGCUAUUGCCUUUGUUGAAAUGAGCGGCUCAAAGCGGCAAUACCUAAAGCUCGGCCGCUCGAGCGAUGUAUGGUCUUUAGGCUGCAUUCUUUACCAACUAGUUUAUGGGCGUCCGCCGUUUGCGCACCUUCCCGUGAUGAAAAAGUUACAAUGCAUUGUGGACCCAUCCUACACUAUCGAAUACGGACCGAUAGAAGACUCUAGUCUCCUAGAAGCUAUACAGAGUUGUUUGCAAAGGGAUCCCAGGAAGAGAAUGACAAUACCUGAGCUACUUGCACAUCGAUUCUUACACCCUGCGGGUACUACUAGUACUAGAGGUCCAUUAGCUGCAGUCCCACUCGAUCGAACGUUAAUAACGGAUAUCGUACAGCAAGUCCUUGCUUUCCGGGAUAUUGGAGGCUCAGUGUCAAUAGAAGAGAUGUCAAAGGUCAUAUAUGAACAAAUUUUAAAAGGAGAGAAAGUGAAUCUUGGUUGUCUUCGAUGA